ACUAUAUAUUCAAAUAUGAUUGCUCUGAUAAUUUCAUUGUGUUUAUUAAAUUUAGCCCAUAAAACUUGCUAUUCCUCCUUUUCAGGUUAUUCUGGGCUUUAUGAAGCCAUUGCAAAUUGGAAUUUCCAAAAAAUUGAAAAGUUGGAGGAAUACAGAGCACUUUUAAAACGUUUACAACCAGCAUUUAAAGACAGAAUUGAUCCAACAUGUAUCCUUCCUGAAAUGUCUGACUGUAUAAUUGGUCAGGAAUAUGAAGAAAUUAUGCAGGUUUGCUCCAAUAAGGGGAUAAUGGCAGGUGCAGAGAAAAUGGCUGAAUGCCUUCUCAGAUCAGACAAGGAAAACUGGCCCAAAACUUUAAAACUUGCUUUGGAUAAUGAUAACAACUCAUUCAGUGAACUUUGGAUGGUAGAGAAAGAUGCCAAAGAUGUUGAAGCUGAAGAUCUUGAGGAGGACGACAUGGGAACUUCCAGCAUACAUAUUGUCUACCAGGAAGAUCCACAGUUGGAGAAUCUCAGUCAGAAUUCAGUACACCUGCAGCAUGUUUUUGAGAUUAAGUCCUUGGUUAGAGAAGCUGAAUUGGUUACAAAGAGACAAGAUUCUAAACUUUCUCUAAUGAACCCUUCUUGCUACAGUCAGAAUCAUGUCUACUGGAUUUUAGCUAUUGCUGUGAUUCCUCAGAGAGGUAACUGGAAAUUUUGUUCCUUUUGUAUUAUAGAAGUAUCUCGCGCUAAAUUAUGCAGCCAACUGAAACCAAGAAAUUACCAGCUAGAGCUUGCUCUGCCUGCUAUGAAGGGAAAAAACACAAUAAUAUGUGCUCCUACUGGUUGUGGAAAAACCUUUGUUUCACUUCUUAUAUGUGAACAUCAUCUUAAAACAUUUCCACAAGGACAAAAAGGGAAGGUGGUGUUUUUUGCUAAUCACGUCCCUGUGUAUGAACAGCAGAAAUCUGUGUUCUCAGAGUAUUUUGAAAGACUUGGGUACAGUGUGGCAGGCAUUGCUGGAGCAACAGUUGAAGUCCCCGUGCAACAAAUUGUGGAGAACAAUGACAUCAUUGUUUUAACACCACAGAUCCUUGUGAACAAUCUUAAAGACGGAAAUCCAUCACUCUCUGUCUUCACUUUGAUGAUAUUUGAUGAAUGUCACAAUACUUGUAAACAACACCCAUACAAUAAGAUCAUGUUCUAUUAUCUGGAUCAGAAACUUGGAGAUUCUUCUGACCCACUGCCUCAGGUCGUUGGGAUGACUGCCUCUGUUGGUGUUGGGGAUGCCAAAAACACAGAUGAAGCCGUGGAAUAUAUCUGCAAACUCUGUGCUUCUCUUGAUGCAUCAGUAAUAGCAACGGUCAAAGAGAAUCUGGAAGAACUGCAAGAAAUUGUUUAUACGCCCCAGAAAAUUUCCAGGAGAGUAGAAUCACGGACUACCAAUGGAUUUAAACGCAUCAUAUCUCAGCUGAUGAGAGAGACAGAAAGUCUGGCAAAGGAUGUCUUUGAAGAACUGGAAAACUUAUCUCAAAUCCAGAACAGGGAAUUUGGAACACAGAAGUACGAACAGUGGAUUGUCGAAGUCCAUAAAGCGUGCAGGACGUUUCAGCUGCCAGACAAAGAUGAAGAGAGCAGGAUCUGUAAAGCGCUAUAUUUGUACACUUCCCAUUUGCGGAAGUACAACGAUGCCCUCAUUAUCAGUGAGCACGCACAAAUGAAAGAUGCCCUGAAUUACUUAAACAAUUUCUUCAAAGAUGUCCGAGCAGCAGGAUUUGAUGAGACUGAACAAGAUCUUACCCGGAGAUUUGAAGGAAAGGUGCAGGAACUAGAAACAAUUUCCAUGGAUCCCAGCAAUGAGAAUCCUAAACUCAAAGACCUGUACCUCAUUUUACAAGAGGAGUACCACGUCAAUCCGGAGACCAAAACCAUUCUGUUCGUGAAAACCAGAGCCCUUGUGGACGCUAUAAAGAAGUGGAUUGAGGAAAAUUCUAAACUCAGCUUUCUAAAGCCUGGCAUAUUGACUGGACGUGGCAAAACUAGUCAGACUACAGGAAUGACCCUUCCAGCACAGAAAUGUGUACUGGAUGCAUUCAGAAGCAAUGGAGACCACAAUAUUUUGAUUGCCACCUCAGUUGCUGAUGAAGGCAUUGACAUUGCUCAGUGCAAUCUGGUCAUCCUGUAUGAGUACGUGGGCAAUGUCAUCAAAAUGAUCCAGACCAGAGGCAGAGGAAGAGCAAAAGGGAGCAAAUGCCUGCUUUUGACUAGCAAUGCCGAUGUAAUUGAAAAAGAAAAUAUAAACAUGUACAAGGAGAAAAUGAUGAAUGAAUCCAUUUUAAGACUUCAGACAUGCGAUGAAGCAAAAUUUAAAAAAAAGCUUCUCUGUAUACAGACUGGUGAAAAAAAUCAUCAGAGAUAAUCAACAAAACUUCAAACCUAAACUUGAUAAGCAAAAUAAGAAACUGCUGUGUGCAAAGUGCAAAGCCUUGGCAUGUUACACAUCUGAGAUAAGAAUGGUAAAGGUAAGCAUCUUCUUGCAA